AUGUUUCUCCACUCGGGAGCAAGCCUUCACGGGCACGAGUUUUCUCUGAAACCUGCGUCUGCAGAAGCUCAAGCCGGCGCCCGUCGUUCGCCGCUGCUCUUCUCACCCUUCCGCCCUUCACCCACACGCGCCUCGACGGCUCCCAUCAGCUCCGACCCCCCACAGCUGCGAUCAUGUCUACCGCAGCAGAGACCAGAGCUCCGGAGGCGGUCCCCCACCAUAGAAGAACCAGUCGUUCGCUUCCAUGAGCCCCUGGUGGUGGAGGAGAUAAAGCUGGAUCCGGCCAGCGCCACCGUCACUGUUGCUUCGUCUGUUACCGAGGCGGAUGGCUCAUGCUCCGAGGCCGAGGGUAGUGAAUCGGGGAGGACCGUGGCUGUCCCUGUAGCAAAGAGCGCGGGGAGGAGGCGCCAAAAACAGGCACGCCGGACCAAUACUUUUUGUAUAGCCAGGCCGCCGCCACGGCUUGUCAAGAAGAGGCUGAUGCAACAAAUCAGACCCAAGCUGUUGUUACAGCUGCACCAGAUAUCGGCAGAUCGACGCCCCACCCCGGUGCUGGACGUCUUCCCCGCCGCCACCAUCGCCAGCCCCGUCGUCGGUGGAAGGUUGGCCGUAAGGUUCCCGCGGGUCUUUGGCGUCGGAAACAAGGGCUCGACGCUGGGGUCGCAGGAUGUCAUACUCUUCCGGAGCGAGGAGUACUACAGCACGUCAACCUGCGGGAGUACCACCGACGUUCCGACGGACGACGGUAGCUUGAGCCGCAGGGACCUGGUGGCCGUGCUCAGCCCGCUGCGUCGUGAGGAUCGGACCGAAAUCGUCUUGAGCGACGGCCGGGUUUGGACGGCUAGACGUCUCCCUAACGGUUCGUUCGAGUUCCAGCACACCGACGACGACGGGUCCACCAAGACGGCACGCUGGGUCAAGAGGGGCGGAAGCGGCACCAUGAGCCCGAGCACGGUGUCAGUUCGGGAGUUUGGCGGGACGGAUCUCAGCAGCCCUAUCAGUAUCUCCAGCUGCGGAACUUUCGGCCCUCCCGACUACAAGUAUACCUUUAGCGUCAUAGACCCCACGAUGCGCCGGCACCCCAUCGUAGCGUCACUGACGAGGGACGCCCUCAACAUCAACGAAACCUACACCGCCAUCUCUGCCAAAACGGCAUCAGCCGAGAAGGACGAGGAUUCCGGUGACGAAACCGAAACCGAGGAGCCUGCUCCCAAAUCCGAGCGCCACACACUUUCCGUCGACGAAAGCCUGCGCAGCCUAAUAUCCAUCACGGCUCUGUGGGUCACACUAUGCCUGGACGGAGUCAUGCCGUCGUCGACGGACGCGACGCGCGCAAACGGCCAGUCGCGCUCCCGCAGCGGCUCGUUGAAUUCCCAACAGGCCAGCCCGCUCGGGUCGCCGAACCGCCGCCAGACCAUCUCGUGCGCGCCGGCCAGCAGCGACUCGUGCCAGCCCGUCACUCUGCCGCAGCGGGCGACGAGCACGGGCGCGGCCUACAUGCAGCGCCGCAUCCAAAUGUCCGACGCCAGCGACUCGGACCGCUCGGCCAGCCGGAGCAACAGUAAAGGGCGCCGGGUGCUGCGGGGCCCCUUUGCGUGUCGGCAGGCGAGCUUCAGCCAGCCUUCCACGACCCCCGGCGGCGACGGCUCCCCCUCGACGCGCCCUUCCUCCCGGGACGGCAAGGCCGCGGACCCCGCCUCGCCGCCCACCUUGGUGGCCAAACACAAGAGGUCGGCGUCGGGAGAGGUGAUGCCGACCGCGCCGAGGGAGCCGCACCAGGGCAGGAGGGUGCAGUCUGCAUUCUACGCCAGCACGCCCCUGCAUGUCCCCGAGCGGGAAGACGAUCACUACGACGCGGACCUCGCCGGUCUGGCCCUGCAGGCUACCAGGCCCGAGGCACACGAAGAAGCGGCAGAACAGAACGCUUUAGCCAGGAAGUGGAAGAAGUUUGGACAGUGGAUCCGCCGGUUCGGGCGAUAA